UUGCUGUUUUACGGCAGUGUGGCAGAGCCCUGAGCUGUGUGUGUGUGUGAGGGCUGGAGGCGGCUGCUAGCUUCUCCUUGUGACAGUGCUGUGAUGGACGUGGGCGAGUUGCUGAACUACCAGCCUGACAGGGGUGCAAAACGUCCCCGUGGUGUUGAUGAUGAUGAAGAAGAUUUAAAAGUGUCGCAUAAAUAUGGAUCAGCCAGAAGAAGCUAUUAUGAAGAGAGUGGAACUGUGGCCAAUGAAGAUGAGGAAGAAGCAGGCAAGAAGAAAAUUCUUGAGUUAAUGGAAAAUGAUGAGGCAGAACCAUUGGAUGAAAGCUCAGUGAAGAAGAUGAUUUUAACAUUUGAAAAGAGGGCCUACAAAAACCAGGAACUGCGCAUCAAAUUCCCAGAGAAUCCAGAGAAGUUUAUGGAAUCGGAGUUGGAUUUAAAUGAUAUUAUACAGGAGAUGCAUGUGAUUGCCACCAUGCCUGAUCUAUAUCAUUUGCUUGUGGAACUGAAUGCUGUGCACUCUCUGAUUGGUCUACUUGGUCACGAAAAUACUGAUGUAUCCAUUGCAGUGGUAGAUCUGCUGCAAGAACUGACAGAUAUAGACACCCUGCAUGAGAGUGAAGAAGGAGCAGAGGUUCUCAUAGAUGCUUUAUUGGAAGGACAAGUGGUAGCACUCCUAGUCCAGAACCUGGAACGAUUAGAUGAGACUGUGAAAGAGGAGGCAGAUGGUGUUCACAACACAUUAGCUAUUAUUGAGAACUUAGCAGAAUUUCGUCCUGAAAUGUGUACUGAAGCAGCUCAGCAAGGUCUUUUGCAGUGGAUGCUGAAGCGGAUAAAGGCCAAGAUACCUUUUGAUGCCAACAAGCUUUACUGUAGUGAAAUUCUCGCCAUUUUACUCCAGAAUAAUGACGUCAAUAGGGAAUUACUUGGUGACCAGGAAGGAAUCGAUGUGUUGCUGCAGCAGUUAUCAUUAUUCAAACGUCAUAACCCCAGCACAAAUGAGGAGCUUGAGAUGAUGGAGAACCUGUUUGAUAGCCUUUGUUCAUGUCUGAUGUUGAGCUCAAAUAGGGAUCGAUUUCUGAAGGGGGAGGGACUACAACUCAUGAAUCUGAUGCUCAGAGAAAAGAAAAUGUCACGUGCCAGUGCUCUAAAGGUGUUGGAUCAUGCUGUGAUUGGCCCUGAAGGAUCUGACAACUGUCACAAGUUUGUUGACAUUCUUGGACUAAGGACAAUAUUCCCCCUUUUCAUGAAAACGCCAAAGAAAAUGAAGAAGGCUGGAAUGACAGAAAAGGAACAUGAAGAGCAUGUUUGUUCAAUUCUGUCUUCCAUGCUGAGAAACCUGAAGGGUCAGCAACGAACACGUCUUCUUAACAAAUUCACUGAAAAUGAUUGUGAAAAGGUUGACCGACUGAUGGAGUUGCAUUUUAAAUACCUGGAAGCUGUGCAAGUGGCUGACAAGAAGAUUGAAGGAGAAAAACAUGAUAUGGUCCGUCAAGGGGAAAUAAUUGAUGAUGAUAUGGAAGAUGAAUUUUAUCUGAGGCGAUUGGAUGCAGGCCUCUUUGUCCUUCAGCUGGUUUGCUACAUUAUGGUAGAGAGCUGCAAUGCAAAUAUCCCUCAGAUAAGACAGCGUGUACACCAGAUCCUGAAUAUGCGAGGUGGCUCAACCAAAGUGGUUAGACAUAUAAUGAGAGAAUAUGCAGAAAAUAUUGGCGAUGGGAAGAAUGAUGAGUUUAAAGAAAGUGAACAGAAAAGAAUCUUGGCUCUACUUGAAAAUUUUUAAGAACACAAUAUUGUUAGUCUGUAAAUAUUAAAUAUGUCUUGUGAGAUACUAUAGCGAGCUUACAGUCUGAGGUAGACCUACAAAACCUUCCCUGAAUUUUAUUAGACUGGGAACACAGCAGUGAUGUUGAUUUUAAUCAACUGAGCAACAAGUUUGAAUAAUUUGCUUCCCUCACAGUAAAGAACGACAAUGCUGAUGAAGCACCACAAUAAUCAGUUAAAAAUUGCCACUCCUACAACAGACAUCUUCACACAUUCUAAUAAAAAACUAUUGUGUAAUGAUUUCCUUUCAAAACCAAACCUAUUUUUUCUAAGCUUUAACCAAUAUUGCAUUAUGCAGAACACAACACACAAUCUGUGGCAACAGCCAUUGAUACUUUGUACUGAAAUUGGUGCACUAUUCAACUAAAGUGUCUGACUUGCAUUUUUUCUGAAGACAAUGUGUUUGUUUUGAUAUAAAUAUACCUGUUACAAACUGUUCACCUCAAAUAUAUGUAAAAUUGAACCAUAUUAUGAAGCUUGCAGUUCCACUUGGUGUUUCAUGUGUGAAUACAAAUGUUGCUUUCCAUCUUGUAUACCAGAUGAACUUAUUGUAAUAACAUUUUGCUCUGCUGAUCAGAAGUUGAGGUGUAUGUAUGUCUUAACCUAUGGUUUGAAUGACAUUUCCCUGAAAUUUUACAUUUUCUAACCAGAAAUAAAAUCAGGGAAAAAAU